AUGAACCCCAAUCUUCACGGAUCAGAACAGAGGCACGUUUAUGCAAGAUGCAGGUCCGAUUGUUCACGGUUCGAAAGUGCCAAUAAAUCAUUGAGCGGGCCCGAACGGCCGCGGAGGGAAGCCGACAAGGCUGGACCGCUAAGGCUAGGACCAUGGAAGGACCGGCCUAUUCAUCAGCACUUCUCCUUCCAAUAUAUUCCAUGUCCUAAACCGUUUAAGAUCCUCGGGCCUAUUUGGUCAACUUGUCUCCGUGAUAAAUGGAACGGUUAUAAGUCACUCCAAGUGCUAGAAUUGGAGAAGCUAAUCCUUUCUUAUUACCUUCAGCAAGAUUAAUUUUUCUAUAAAGGAUGAAAUCAUCGGGUGGUUUGUAG